AUGACGGACCCAGACCUCAACAAUAAGCUCGAUAGACUACUCACUCUAUUGGAAGCACAGCUAGAGCUUACCAGACAGGGUCAUCGAGAGGAACGAUUACAACGAGCUCAACUGAGCAGGGAGGAGACAAUGGACCUCUCUCACUCAGAAGACCAAGCAGGAGGAGGAGAUGAGUCUAUGAUAGGAGACCCACAGACUCCUACUCCAGCUCCACGACCAAGACAAUCAGUCUCAUUCAACCUGGAUGAGCAGGAGGACAUCAACUACGAGAAGUAUGCUUCACCUACUGGGCCAAGAUAUGUCAAGACUAAGGUGGACCCCUACAGCAGGACUAGGAUGGACCCUUACCCCCUGGACCAUGAGGAGGACACCAGCAUCAUGGCAGAGCUUAACCGGUCAAAGCCCAUCGCCACCCCCUUCCCAAAGUUCAAUCCCCGAGACAUGGAGAUCUUCAUUCUAGAAGCCGAAGCAUGGUUUAAGUUCAACCAGGUGUAUGAGCAGACUAGGAUGAUCAACCACAUGGGUGCUCAACUGGAAGGGACAGCAAGAGAGUGGUGGACCUCCAAGCUCUGUAUUGAUAGAGCUAGAGAAGGAAGGUUGUUCAAUGAUUGGCACUACUUCACAGAGCGACUGUCAGAGCAGUUCAACCCACGCAAUGCUAGGAUGGAGGCAUACAACAAGCUGUUGGCUCUCAGACUCACAAGUGAUGCUCCUGGUGCCGCCACACAUCAUGUAGAGCGGUUCAGAGACUUGGAGGGACAGGUCAAUCUAGAUGACAAUGAGCUAGUGAUGGAUCUCUUCAGAGGAAGUCUCACUCGCAGCAUACAGGAGAAGUUCGAGAGGAACCCACCUGGGAAGAGAUGGGAGUGGUACCGAGAGGUUGAGGAGAUCGAUCGACAGAGGAUGCUACUACAGCAUGGAGGCAAAGCAGUACUGGAGCUCUCUGGAAUGGUUCAAGACCAUCCUGCUCGGAUACUAGCUGAUACCGGUGCUGGUUUGUCCAUAGUCUCAGAUUCUUUCAUUAGUAAGUACCAAAUACCCACAAAACCCAUAAAAACAAGAUCGAUCCAUGGUGUCACCGGGCACCAACUCUCCAUCAAUAGUUCUGCGAGCAUGCAGGUAUCUAUUGGUACACACAAUCUGGGUGUGGUCGAAGCUUCAGUGGCUGACACUGCGGACUAUGACCUCAUCCUGGGGUUCACUGAGCUAUGGAGGCUCAAACCCACCAUACAAUGGGAUACAGGCCAGCUGGAGUUCAAGACUCAGGAGCAGGACCAACCCCCAAGGAGACCCCCUGAGGCAGCAAGAGCAGGGGACCUAACCAUGAGGAGACCAACCCUUCAUGGUAACAAGUUUGUCUCAGCAGAGCGCAUACUACGAGCAGCUCUGGAAGAUGGACCCAUAGGGUUCAUGCUGUUGGAGGAGCCACCAUCAUCACUCCCAGCCUUUGGUUUUGUACCUACAGGUGCAGACAAAGGAGUCAAGAUGGAGGUGGAGGUAGACAAGGUGGUGAUGGCUGCAGACAUACCAAAGCCAUACCAACACCUGCAAGAUGUGUUUGAUGAGGUGGAAGCAGACAAGCUGCCCCAUCAUACCAAGCAUGAUCUCCACCUCGAGUUGAUGGAAGGAGGUAAGCCACCUCAAGGGCCCCUAUACCUUAAGGGACCCAAGGAGAUGUCCGAGUUGAGGAGGUACUUGGAUGAGAACCUCGAGAAGGGGUUCAUAAGACCAUCGAAGAGCCUGGCACAAUCACCAGUGCUCUUCGUACCAAAGAAGGAUGGAGGUCUCAGACUCUGUGUGGACUACAGAGGUCUCAACGAGAUCACUGUCAAGAACAGGGCACCAUUGCCCCUCAUCGAGGAGCAGCUGUUCUUACUCAGGAAGGCAAGGAUCUAUACCAAGCUAGACCUUAGAGCAGCAUACAACCUCAUCCGGAUUGCUAAAGGAGAUGAAUGGAAGACAGCUUUUGGCACUCAGUUGGGACUCUAUGAGUACCUAGUGAUGCCCUUUGGCCUAGCCAAUGCUCUGGCUCACUUCCAUGACACUGAAGAAGCACAUGUGAAGCAUGUCACUGAGGUCCUCACUCGCUUAAGGAGCAACAGGCUCUUUGCUAAGCUGUCGAAGUGUGAGUUCCACACCAAGACAGUCGAGUUCCUGGGGUACAUCAUCAAGCCAAUGGGCAUAGAGAUGGACCCAGAAAAGGUGUGCACUGUCAAGGAGUGGCCAAUGCCAGAGUCAAUCCAUGACAUCCAGAGGUUCCUGGGUUUUGCCAACUUCUAUCGAAGGUUCAUAGCCCACUUUGCUCGCAUAGCCAAGCCCUUGACAGCACUGGUAAAGCCUAUAGAACGGUUCAAGAAGUUCGAGCUACCAGAGGAGGCCCAACAGGCCUUCCACAAGCUCAUCCAGGCCUUCACAUCAGCAGGAGUGCUUCAGCACUUCGACUACCACCUUCCAACAAGGUUGGAGACUGAUGCAAGUGACUUUGCUAUAGCAGGAGUACUCAAGCAGGAGCAUGAAGGACGAUGGCAUCCAGUGGCCUUCUACUCUAGGAAGAUGUCUUCUGCCGAGAAGAACUAUGAGAUCCAUGAUAAGGAGCUCCUAGCUGUGGUCGCCUGCCUCACUCAGUGGCGACACAUGUUAGCUGGACUACCGAACCAACUGGUCAUCCUCACUGACCAUGAAGCCCUCAAGUACUUCAAGUCACAGAGACGCAUCACAGCAGACUUCGACUUCAUAUUGCAGUAUCGACCAGGAGACAAAGGUGGUGAACCCAAUGCUCUCACCAGAAGGACAGACAUGCAACCAGCUGGUGAAGAGCAGGAUCACAAUGUGAGGCAACUACUGCCUCCUCGAGUGUUCAAGGAGACAGCAGACCAUGACUCGCUCCUAGUGGCCCCCAUGAUCUCGAUGGAGUCCAUAGCAUCAAAAGGUCUCAGAGACCUGGUCAAGAUCUUCCAGCCCUUAGACCAAGAGCUACAGGAGAUACAUAGGAAGAAGCCCUUCGAGGUCAGGGACAACCUAUGGUACAGUGGAGGAAGGUUGGUUAUCCCCAAAGUGAUCAUGCCAGGGAGGACCAACAACUGA